AACAAAAGUUAGGAUUGCUCUUCCGCCUGCUUUUCAACGUGCUGAUGAAAUAGCGAAUAGAGACGCCGCUUUUCCGUUCCUCUUUCUUCUUACUCUGUAUAAUAUAUGCAUUUAGAUUGUCAUCAUCAAAUAAAGGACGUUGACUAAAUUCCUGUACACAUUUCUCCUGUAAAUCGGUUCAAGAUGCCAGGACUCAGCUGUAGAUUUUACCAGCACAGGUUUCCAGAGGUGGAAGAUGUGGUGAUGGUCAAUGUCAGGUCAAUAGCCGAGAUGGGCGCCUAUGUGAGUCUGCUGGAGUACAACAACAUCGAGGGAAUGAUCCUCCUCAGCGAGCUCUCCAGGAGACGAAUCAGAUCCAUCAACAAACUCAUCCGGAUAGGACGCAAUGAAUGUGUGGUUGUCAUUCGUGUGGAUAAGGAGAAAGGCUACAUUGAUUUAUCCAAAAGAAGAGUGUCACCUGAAGAGGCCAUUAAAUGCGAAGACAAGUUCACAAAAUCUAAAACUGUUUACAGCAUUUUGAGGCAUGUAGCUGAAGUCCUAGAGUACACCAAAGAUGAGCAGCUCGAGAGUCUGUACCAGCGAACUGCUUGGGUGUUCGAUGAGAAGUACAAGCGGCCAGGAUACGGAGCCUAUGACAUCUUUAAGCAGGCUGUGUCGGACCCAUCCAUUUUAGAUUGUCUGGAUUUGACGGAGGAGGAAAGGGCCGUCCUGAUUGACAACAUCAACAGACGACUCACUCCGCAGGCUGUCAAAAUAAGAGCGGACAUUGAGGUGGCUUGCUAUGGCUAUGAGGGCAUCGAUGCAGUGAAAGAAGCUUUGAAAGCUGGACUUACGUGUUCAACAGACUGCAUGCCAAUCAAGAUCAACUUGAUUGCCCCUCCACGUUACGUUAUGACCACAACCACACUGGAGCGCACAGAGGGCCUUUCUGUGCUCAAUCAAGCCAUGGCUGUCAUUAAAGAGAAGAUCGAAGAGAAGAGAGGCGUCUUCAACAUUCAGAUGGAGCCAAAAGUUGUAACGGACACGGAUGAGACAGAACUGGCUCGGCAGUUAGAGCGGCUGGAGAGAGAGAAUGCUGAGGUGGACGGAGACGAUGAUGCAGAGGAGAUGGAGGCCAAGACCGAUGACUAGCUUGAAGCUAGACAAUAAACAUAGCAUUUCCAUAAUCAUUCAGGAGAUGUGAGAAUUACGGUGAAUUGUUUAUCACAUCAAAAGGACUGAAAAGGCAUUGAUGGAAAGCACAGCUUCCAUGAUCACAAGCAGAUUAAGGGUGAAUUGUAUGUUCCACUUGUAGCAGGCAGUAAAAGUGGAUUAUGUUCAUGGACAUUUGCUUAUCUUAUGAGUUGUUGCAGGAAUUCCUUCCAUGAACACUAGAGUCUUGCUUUGGAUGUAUUAAAAUAUACUAUUUCAACAUUGUGGUAGUUUUAACUCUUAA